AUUGUGUUUGUUGGAUAGGAUACUUUGCCCAUUGUAAGGACUAUUACGACUGUAAGAAGUGUGACGAUAUCAAGAGAUCUGGUCAAUGCAGUGCCAACAUUGCAUAUUGUGCCAUGACCUGCAACCCAAACUGCGCAUUUAACUAUGUUGACGAUCCGAAUGAGAAUUGUGCUGAAAUAAAAUCUAAGGGCAAGUGUUUCGAAGCUAAGGGCUUUUAUUUGCCGGUGUGGGCUACAGUUUGUCAAAAGUCUUGCUGUGUUCCCGACAAACCGCCACACUGGAGCGAGUGGUCUAGUUGGACCCCUUGCUCUAAGUCUUGUAAAUACGGCUUAACUUCGAGGUCAAGGAAGUGCCAAGGAGAGGCAUUUGGACAAACAUGCAAGGGAUCGCCGCAUGAGKUCAAGAAGUGUAACGAAAAUGUCCCAUGUGAAGGUUUAAUAGGCUGGGAUGAUUCCUCUGUGGACAUUGACGAGUGUGCUGGUACGGUGUCUGUCAAAAUCACAAGAACACGCGUCAUCAACUGUGCAGCAUCAAUCACUGUGAAUACUAAUGACGGUUCUGCAACACAGCCUGCUGAUUACAAUCAAAUCAAAGAUCUCGUUAUAACAUUCGAUAAAAACGAGACAGUAAAAUCAGUGACUUUUAAAAUAAACGGUGAUACUGAUAUUGAAGGACCAGAAUCCUUCAGUGCCGUCAUUACCGCUGACCCCAAGAAGCUUGAAAUCACAGAGUCGAAAUGCACAGUGAACAUUAAAGAUCAAUCAGCUAAGAUUGGUUUUAAGCCAGACAGUUAUACAGUGUCUGAAAAUGACAAAAAGGUCAAGGUUACUGUGCACAGAUUUGGAAAUAAGAAUGGAAAGAACACUUGCAGUGUCUCAAGUGCAGAUGUGACGGCAAAAUCACCCGAUGACUACAAAGGAAUCACAAAAGUUCCAGUUGUCUUCAAUGCCGGAGAUGACACAAAAGAAAUCGAAAUUCCAAUUGAAGACGACAAUAUUGAGGAAAAAGACGAAGCUUUCAAAUUGUCCUUGGCCUGUGAAGAGUCUCCUUGCACUAAAGUUGUACCAGACGAGGCACUGGUCACCAUCAAAAGUGAUGACGUCGACGGCCAGUGGGGCGAAUGGGGACAAUACGGGGAUUGCUCAAAGUCCUGUGGCACAGGAAGUCAAUCCAGAUCUCGCAGCUGCAACAACCCAGCACCACAAGGAGAAGGAGCUUAUUGUGUGGGCACCAACACUUCUUCGCAAGAUUGCAACACACACCAUUGUCCAGCUAAGGUUGGCCUGAAACCAGCAUAUCAAACCGUUCCUGAAAAUGUAGAAAAAGUGAAAGUGAACGUGUUCAGAAUUGGAAAUUCUGAGGGUACCAACCGUGUUAACAUUUCAACAAAGCCCAAAUCGGCUACAUCCCCGGAUGAUUUCGAAAGCAUUCCAGUAAAAGAGCUUACCUUUAAUCCUGACGAGUCAAACAAGAUGGUGGAGAUACAAAUCAAAAACGACUGUUUACCUGAAAAUGAUGAAGAAUUUGAAGUAAUUCUGACGAGCGACGACUCUGGAGUAGUGUCUGUGAGCCCUYACGCAGCCAUCYUCAAAAUCCURGARGACGAUGUCUUUGCAGUUGUACUUGGCCUAGACCCGACAGCAAAAUCUGUGCGCGAAAGUGACGGAAGUGUCAAGUUGACAGUAUUUAGGAAGGGUCACAUCAGAGGCAAAUCCACUGCCAUUAUAAAUACCUGCGAAACUGGGUCUGCAACGGCUUCUGAAGACUUUGAACCUUUAACCAACUUCAAGGUUGAAUUCGCUGAGAAAGAAAAAGAAAAGACGUUUGACAUCAAGAUUAUUAAUGAUAAAAAGUGUGAACCGGACGAGUCGUUCUGCGUUAAGCUCACAAGCAAUGACAAGAACAUGUGCAAUAUCUCACCCAAGAAGGCUGAAAUUACCAUCGUUGAAGAUGAUGUUAAACUUAGUCUUCAUCCCGGAAAGAUCACAGUUCUGGAGAGUAAGAAGUUUGUUAAACUAACUGUAAAGAGAUUUGGAAAUCUGAAGGGUACAACUAAUGCUGUUAUCAAUACAAAAGACAACACCGCAUUGGCCGGCAAAGACUACAAACCACGUACAGGGUUCCAAAUUGAAUUCAAGCCCCAAGAACCAGUAAAACGUUUCAAAGUAUUCCUUAUGGACGAUAACAUCCCAGAAGACACCGAAACCUUUGACGUCAAGCUCACCAGUCCUGAUAAAGAUGUCACCGUCAUCAACCCCGAUUCAUCUGUCGUUGAGAUUUUAGAUCAUGAUGCUAAGAUUGGUUUCAAACACGUGAAAUACUACUUUAUGGAGACCGCGGGUGUAGUCACGGUUGUUCUUGUCAGAACAUGCAACGACUUGGCAUUGAAAAUCAGUCAUUCCGUGACUGUGACAAGUUUUGAUGAUUCUGCKAAGCAACCCGACGAUUACAAACAAGUAGACCAAACAGUAGUAUUCAAAGCCGGACAAAAGACAGCAGAAGUCAAAAUCGAAAUUAAAAACGACAAUAUACAAGAAGGGAAGGAAACAUUCAAACUCAAACUUACAACUACAGAUAUCAGGGUUCAGCUCGAACCACAAACGUCAACAGUCUGCAUCAAGGAUAACGACGUUGAUGGGAAGUGGGGCCCGUGGUCUAACUUUAGUCCAUGUGGAAAGACAUGCGGUACAUCCACUAAAUACAGAACGAGAAAAUGUGACGAUCCACCACAAGCUGGGGAAGGAAAACACUGCGAAGGAAAAGAUAGACAAGAAAAAUCAUGCUACUUGCAAGAAUACUGCAGAGUCAAUGGCGGAUUCAGUGAAUGGUCGAAAUGGUCGGAGUGUUCCAUAAGCUGUGGGAAUGGAACAACGGUGAGGUCACGAAAAUGCGACAACCCAGCCCCCAAAUAUGGCGGUCUGCCAUGCCUUGGCUCCAGUUAUGAAGUGAAGACAUGUGUAGUAAAUGCGUGCUGCAAAGUCGACGGUCAAUGGGGGAGCUGGUCGAAAUGGUCAGCAUGCAGCAAAACAUGUGUUAACGACCUAAAAGAAGGAGGCGGAGAAAGGACAAGAACUCGUGAAUGCAAUUACCCCAAGCCAUCCUGUGGCGGAGCCGAUUGUCAACCGGGAGCUUACAGCAAAGUAGGAGCGACUGAAAAAACAUCUUGUAGCGUUGUACUGUGCAGCAAUGCAUACGUGGUCGCCCCAAUGAACAGUGGAUAUGGAAGUCAACCGACCACCAAACCUACAACUGCCGCUCCUACCACUCAGCCAGCAUACAACCCCUACGGGUGGUGGCCCCCCGCGGCAUACGAUGAAAAUGAAAAUGAGGAGUAAGCAUGUMGGAUCACAGAAAAUGAAUGAAAAUGGGAUAAUGGUCAAGAAAUAAAACUUGUUAAACUGGUUUAAACUGGUGAUUGAGCUAAAAAUAUAAUGAUAACCUUGUUUGUGAACUAUAGAUAAUACUGCUAUUGAUAAUACAUUCAUGUAUGCUGGUAAUAUAAGUACUAAAAUUAAAGGGUUUUACUUCAUGA